GUCAAAGCCUACAGCGCGCUAAUUGUACAGUUCCGCGACGCUUUAACUCCCAAGAGCGGUAAGAGUGGAGCCAUCGCAGCUGAGAAGCUGAACAGUGCUAUCAGACAAUAUCUCGAGCUGAAUAUCACUGACAACGACGUGAUCGACGUCGUAGUCAAGGCAUACGCCAACAUGGAAGGACUCUGCCAGAGCAUGCUCAGUAGAGGCGCAAGCGCUGCUUCAGUCAGUGAGCUUCGUCCUUUCUUUAGUGGUUUCUCUGGUCGCUUUCCACUAUGUGACUUCUCGGACGUCGGGCCCAGCAAGGGCCGCGCUGCGGAAAAGAUACGCGGCGUCUUGGACUUCCACCUCCAAGUUCACGCUUGCAAGCAUAUUAUCCUCGGACUCGGCCUCGGAUCUGACACAACGGAGCAUUUCGCGACAUUUGACAUGAACGUGCACUGUCUCCACCGCAUGACCAUGCUGCGCAAUACCUCUGCGCCUCUCAGUGAAGCCGACAUCGAGCAAUUGGGUCCGCUCCGCACAACUCAGUUCAACACAGUUUUUAUCGACCCUGCGACUCAUUUCAGGAACGGCAAGACGCAAGAACCUUCAUACUCCGUAAAGACCGGUGAAGUAACCUCUUAUGCCGAAGCAGCAUCUCAUGCCUUGUCCUUACCACAAGUCUUUACAAAUACUGCCGCUGCUGCUCCACGGGAGCCCAAGCCUGUGCCUCUGGCUGCUGGCGCGGCCUUGGCCGCUAUUACUACCAUCGGGAUCAAGACUGCCACUGGCACGCAGACCUACCGAAACUCUCAGGCCCAUCCCGAGCGCCUUGGCCCUCCUCUGUACAAUAAACGUGGGAAGCGCGUGGAUCGUUUGUUAUCGGUCAACAAAGAGGCGCUCGACUGGGUACGUAAGGGCAAUCUAUGCCCAUACCUAUUCCUGCGAGGGGAAUGUAAAGAGGUCGGUGGGCCGAAGUGUCGGAAGCAGCAUUCGUGCCGGCCGCUAGACGACAAGGAGUGGAAUGCACUGUGGCUGGUGACGCGCACGAAGGAGUGCAGGGCUGCGGAGAGCAGAGACGGGGUUUGUCGUAAUCCGACGUGUGUCUUCGGACAUCACGAGCGCGACUGAAUAGCGACCCCAGGAAGGGAAUGCGCGUGGCAAUAUGAUGCUGUGGGAUGCCUUAAAUGUCUAAUAUGGUAGAUGUCCUUUGCAUAUUGCUGGCGAUGGGAUGGCAAACCAUGUGAGAGCCUGUUGACAGGUCAGCUUGACAUGAUGCGGCAUUUACGAGGAGAAGCAUGCGCUUGGUCGAUGAGAUAGUUCUUCAUGUUUCCAUAGCCUCGUAUGGCAUAAAUAGAAGGGUAUAUGCGGUUGCAA